AUGAAGUCUCCAAUAGCAAGGGCUACCGCCAGUGAUGAGAUAGCCACCGAAUCUAUCAGAGAAACCAACAACGAAGAGGAAAGCUUUGAUGUUUUGGACAUUGUCAAUGCCAGGAUCCGUGGAUUCACAGAGGAGGAGCUCCAGAAAAUGGAAUCAUUUUCAGAACGAGGGGGAGAAGAAACGCUAGCACAAGGAGGUCCUCCUGUGGCUAGCACCACAUUGAAAGAAGAAGCCAAAAAACGGGAAAACAAGAAGGACAAGGUCCAAGUUCCCGGCACUCCAGAAGACAAUGUAUUCCUCUUGAAGGUUUUAACAGAACGACAGGAAGCAGAAUCACCGUUAAGGCAGAGUAUGAACGCGGCAGCAUCCAGAGAAGAUUUCGAUUUAGAGGAUCUCCAUGAUCUGCCUCGGACAAGCCUAACUCGUGACGAAGAAGUGGCAAGAAGAACCUCUAAUAUACCUGGUGCCUAUUCUGUGGCACGUGGCUUUGAACUGCCAACAACUGCUGCCAUGUAUGGCACACUUGCAGGACAUCCAGUAGCUGAGAAUGAGACCCACUCCAACUUUAUGUCCGAAGUAGUAGCGCAAGAACACUCCCUUGGUAAUAAUAGUGGCUUGGCUGUGGCAAACCCGGUGGAUGAAACAUUUCCUCAAGAUCUUCCCCAAGCUCAAGAGUUUGAGAGCCAAGAAUCAACAAGAGACCCAAAUGACAAGAUAUACAAGACCCCCUUUCCAUUGGGAGUCAUUGCAUUGGUGGCAGUCAUGAUCGUAAUUGUGGUCGUCAUGGUUCCUAGAUGGAAGGAUGACCAGGUGGCUCCAAUGACUGCAGUUCCCACCAGUACUCCAUCGGCAGCUCCAACCAUGUCUCUGGAGGGAACCAUCAAGGUGUUGCUAGAAGAGGAGACCCUGUCGGCUUUGGCAGAUCCAGAGUCACCUCAGUUCAGGGCAUUUGAAUGGUUGUUCGAAGAUCCCAAUCUUCCUUCUUACUCGGAUGCUCGCUUAAGGCAAAAGUUUGCAUUGGCGUCACUUUACUAUGCCACCAGUGGAGAAACUUGGUUGGAUAAUACCAACUGGCUUGACCAUAGCAUACAUGAUUGUGAGUGGUACAAUGCACCUGACUUUGCUCAGAAGGCAAUGAUGGAUUCUAUAUAUCAAGGGUACAUGUCUGAGUUUUCCCCAUCCACAGAGCCACCACCACCACGCUGCAAUGAAGAUGGGAUGUAUCAGCAUCUUUGGUUGGAUAAAAACGACCUUGUUGGGAUCCUUCCGGAAGAGCUCUACAUGCUGACAAGCCUACAAACACUGUCUCUUGGGUAUAACCAGCUUGAAGGCAGUCUUGGCAGCCAUAUUGGACAGCUUGCUGAUUUGGAGGGGAUGGCCAUUUUUGAUCAGCCACCAGGUGGCAUUCCCUCGGAGAUUGGUCUCUUAACCAAGCUGAGAGGUCUGCUGCUUACCAACAGCAACCACCAAGGCCCUCUUCCUGCAGAGUUGUGGCAGCUGAGGAAUUUGGAGCAAUUGGUUCUAACGGACCAUGCGCAAAUGAGGGGAACCAUUUCAACAGAGGUGGGAAUGCUCUCAAAACUGAAUUGGUUUGUUAUCGACAACAGUGACAUCUCUGGCACUCUUCCCACAGAGCUUGGGCAAAUAGAGCCAUUGGAGUGGAUUGUUUUGGGUCGGGCCAGGCUAUCUGGAUACAUCCCAAGUGAACUGGGAAGUCAUCCCAACAAGCAGCAUUUACAUUUAGAUCGCAAUGACUUGGUGGGGACAAUGCCUAGUGAGUUGGGUUUGCUCAGUUCUCUUUUUCGUCUUUCAUUUUGGGACAACCACAUCACGGGCACUGUCCCAAGUGAACUUGGUCUCCUCAAGAAUCUGGAACAUGCUUUAGACCUUGGGAGAAACCUGCUAACAGGAGUCAUCCCAACAGAGCUUGGGAUGUUGGCAGACCUACACGAUCUUUUGCUGGACCACAAUCAUCUCUCCGGGCAGAUCCCCAGUGAAUUUGGUGAACUCGCAAGUCUGCGUAUCACAAAAUUGGCAAACAAUAGCUUGUCAGGCUCAGUCCCAGUGGAAUUAUCAUCUCUACAGCAGACACUGCACUCGUUGUUGUUGGAUGGGAAUCCAAUGUUGACUGGAAGUUUCCCAGAGUCCCUUUGCCACGUAAAUGGAACCUGUGUUGUACCAGUUGGUUAUGCGCAUUCAUGUGACGGACCAAUGGGGGUGUUCUUUGGGUGUACUGAUCUCCUGUGUGGCUGUGAUUGCUCCUGUGGGGCCUGA